GGCUACUUCUCCUUCUCCCUCACCAAACUCUCAUCCAAGUAAAGAAAGGAAUUGGGCUCUUUCUAGAUAUUCUCUCUCCUCUUUAUCUCUCUCCCACUUGGUCACAAUCUCUCUCCCCCUUUCUUCUCAUGGAUUCCUUUUUCUCCAUGAGAUUAAGGAUUCUUCACGUUCUUCUUGUGUUCCAUUUUCUCUCCUUAGAAUUUGGUUUGAUCCGACAAGUCUCUACGCUAGGCAUCAACUACGGCCAAGUAGCCAACAAUCUCCCUUCACCUCAACAAGUCCUCGUCCUCCUCUCCUCUCUCAGGAUCACUAAGACGCGGAUCUAUGACACCAACCCACAGGUCUUAACCGAAUUCGCAAACUCAAACAUCGAGCUCAUCGUCACAGUACCUAACGAUUUAGUCGUGCAACUAAGCGACCCACAGCAAGCGCUCCAAUGGAUCAACACCAACAUCAAACCCUAUGUUCCGUCGACAAAGAUCACCGGAAUCGCCGUUGGCAACGAAGUCUACACUACCGACGACCAGAAUCUCAAGUCAAAUCUAGUUCCCGCUAUGCUAGCGCUCCACCAAGCGUUAGUCCAUUUUGGACUUGACUCAACCGUUCACAUUUCAUCCGCAAACUCACUAGCCGUGCUACAAAACUCGUACCCGUCGUCUCUAGGGUCCUUCCAGCCCGAAUUGGUCAACCUAAUGACGCCAUUUUUGCAGUUUUUGUCGGAAACGAACUCACCCUAUUGGAUCAACGCAUACCCGUAUUUCGCCUAUAAAGAUGAUCCGACCAGCAUCCAAUUAGAGUAUGUGUUAGGUAACCCUAAUGUUGGCAUGGUAGACCCGUAUACUAAAUUACGCUAUGAUAACAUGUUGUGUGCACAAGUUGAUGCGGUGAUGUUUGCAAUGGCGAGGUUAGGGUUCGGAGGGAUCGAGGUUAGGGUUUCGGAGACAGGGUGGCCUUCGAAAGGCGAUUCGGAUGAAUACGGGGCGACGGUAGAGAAUGCGAGGGCAUAUAAUAGGAACUUGUUGUUGAGACAAUUACGAGGGCAAGGGACUCCGUUGAGGCCUAAACAAACGUUGGAGGUUUACUUAUUUGCUUUGUUUAAUGAAGAUAUGAAGCCCGGGCCGACGUCAGAGAGGAAUUAUGGGUUGUAUCAGCCCGACGGAACGAUGGCGUAUAAUGUUGGGUUGACGACGGUCACGACAUCGACCACUUCUGUUUCAUCUCUAAUUUCCUCUGCAUCAAAGGGAUACGAGGAGGAGCUUGGGAGCUUGUGGUAUUGGGUUUGCCUAAUUUCAUUGACUUUCCAAGUAUUACUGACAAGGGCAAUUCUCUAAGCUAACAAAGGGAAUUUGGUUUCGUGUAAAAUGCUCUAUUUUCGCUGUCAUUGUAUUUCCUUGGCAAAGAAAAUUGGCAAACUAUGAACCAUUCUUUUUAGGGUCAUUUUGGUCUUUGAAAAGUCUUGGGAUGUAUCUUGGCCCAAAAUCAUUGGCAUCAAUUUCAGAAGAAAGUUAUCAAGUGUGAGAAGCACUUUGGGACGUGGAGCGCAUUAGAGGGGGGCUACAUUGCAAAUAAAAACUUCCCUUUCUUACUUUUCUUGUUAAAAAAAUCAUUAAUUAAGUUCUUUUAUAUGUAUAUGGAUUUAAUUUAGGGGUGCUAAUAUUGAGAAAAGCAAUGGGGAUAAUUGAAUAUUUUAAUGUA